CUUUAUUUGGUAAAACGUUCUCAAAACCGUUGUGUCCUAAUGGCAGUUUGAACAGACAAAAGUAAGCUGAGGACUAGGUCAGCUGAAGCCUACUGCCAAGCCAAAAGGCAAAUUUUAUUUCUAAGGGAAGAUAUAAAAUAAGUGAGACUGGAGCCUCCAAAUCCCAAUCGACCUCCCAUCCAGCUGAUGGACAUUUGGGAGGUUCACUUGGAUGAAAGUACAGAUCGCAAAUUCUACAUUAAUACGGUCACAAAAGAGAAGACCUGGAAACCGCCAAGGCUCUUUGUGGGCAUGCGAGACAUAAAGGUUGGACCAACACCACAACCAAAACCAAAUGCCCAGCCAACAUCCACCACCGAGCAUAUUUCCUCAUCCCAAGCUAGUCCUUCUGCAGUACAGCGGAGAGUGAAAAGUGCAGCCGCUAACUGUGAUCGUCUCAGCCAGACAAAGUCAAUGGUUCUCACUGACUCCAGCCCACUCAAAUUACCGGGACCCCGCCAUAGACGAAACCACUCUCAGCACAAUCUUACAGAAAUUACUGGGAUGGUGGAUCAGUCUUGUUUACCACCAAUGGAGAAAAAUGGAUUCCUCAAUAAGGCAAAGAUUACAGAGGGUGGCAAAAAAGUGAGGAAAAACUGGACUACUUCUUGGGUUUGUCUCGAGGGAAACAAAAUUGAAUUCUACAAAGAGCGCAAGCAACAAACUUUAGCCAGUUUGAAAACAGGCUGUAAGCCGGAGAACGUGGACCUGUGCGGUGCUCAGAUUGACUGGGCAAAAGACAAAUCCAGCAGAAAAAAUGUGCUUCAGCUCACCACCAUCUCAGGGAAUGAAUUUCUUCUACAUUCAGAUGAUGAUAGUAUACAUGACUGGUACCAGGCUAUCAGACAUGUGAUUGAUAAAUUGAAGGGAACCUCCACAACAGCAUUCAGUAUCUGGAAAAGCUCAAGCAGUGAAGAGCUGAGUAGAAAUGAGGGUGACAGCAACAGCAAAUCAAACACAAAAGAAGCAAAGCCUGAACACAGAAAAUCAAUAAUACUGCGACUGAACCAUAGCUCAUCAGACACCAAUGAGAAGAAAAGAGUUAAGAGCAGACUAAAAAAAUUCAUAUCAAGGCGACCUUCACUGAAAACUUUACAAGAAAAAGGACUGAUUAAAGAUCAAGUAUUCGGCUGCCACUUGGCUACUCUGUGCAAGCGCGAAGGAACCACCGUUCCAAAAUUUGUGAAGCUUUGCAUUGAAGCUGUGGAAAAAAGAGGUUUGGAUGCUGAUGGCAUUUACAGAGUGAGCGGCAAUCUGGCUACAAUACAGAAAUUACGAUUUGUAGUGGACCAUGAAGAGAAGCUGAAUUUGGAUGACAGCCAGUGGGAGGACAUCCACGUCGUCACCGGAGCACUAAAGAUGUUUUUCAGAGAGCUGCCUGAGCCACUUUUUCCAUACAGUUUUUUUGAUCAAUUUGUAGAUGCCAUAAAAUAUCACAAUUACAGUCAACGUGUUCAGUGUGUGAAGGAAUUGGUGAAAAAGCUUCCUAAACCUAACCAUGAUACCUUGGGAGUUCUCGUUAAACACUUACAAAAGAUUAUAGCGAAAGCACUGGUGAAUCUCAUGUCAUCGCAGAGUUUAGGCAUCGUAUUUGGACCAACUCUUAUGUGGCCUGAAAAUGAAAGCUCGAACAUGGCAGUGUUCAUGACAUACCAGAACCAGAUAAUUGAUCUGAUCCUCACAGAGCAUACUGAGAUCUUCGACCCGUAGGGAAAAUGAAGAUGCCUCUUGUUUAGUGGGAUAAUAGUGUACUCCAAGGACUUGUGUUUGCUGAAUUUUUGUAUAAGACAGUGUGUGGUUCUGCUGCUUGUUUAUUUUUUGUAUCCUCCCUCAAUGUGUUUUCAUUUGUAUUAACCUAUAUAGUUGAUAUUUACCUGAGGCUAGGUUUUUUUUUAGUCCACUAUACAAUCACUGAUUGAUCACUACUUAAGUCAUUCUCAAAUCAACGGACAGCUGACAACUGAAUUUGAAAUUGCUUCCCUCAAUCAAAAUCCAACUGGGACAAAACAGCCUCCAUUUUCAUGGAGUUACUGAAAUCUACUGAUUUUUAUUGUAUCUAUUGGUCAGCCAGAAUGUAGUCAGAAUCAUAGCUGCAUGGUUAAUUAACAAAACAAGAUGAAAAUACAACAAAACUCUGCAUCCUAAUAAUCAAAAAAAAGUUUAAAGUCAUUUUAGCAAAAGUCAGGUGAAAAACUCACAUUAAUUAUAUUAGCAAAAUUAUGGUUAUUUAGAAGAAUCAAACUUAAAUUAUAAAGUCAUUUUAGGUUUUCAUCUCCAAGCUGUUCACUGUUAAUACCGACUGAGGCAUUUGCUAAAAUUGGCACUAUUCCUUUUUAGAAACACAUUGGUCUCUCAGCAAGUUCUUGUUUUUGAUUGUUCGGGACAUCUAAAACAUAAAAGAGCUGCCCAUUGAAUUGGUAUUUGGUUCUAAAUUGUUACAACAUAUCCAAAACUCUGCAGCUUUUAUGCAAGCAUGCACCACGAUCCACUCACUCAUCACCCCUGUCCUCACUGGUCUGUAUUGGCUCCUGGUAUCCACAAAACCUGUAGUAUAAAAUCUCAAUCUAUUUCAAAUGUACUUUAUUGAAUGUAAGACCAGAAUGCAACUUGCCAAACUCCCAUUUUAAAAGAACGAGUGAGCCACCAUUCAGACAAGCAAUUUUCUCAUCCAUCUCUCUCCCAGUCUGUUCAGCAGAAAGAUUGGGAAGUGUACUUCAAGCAAUGAUUGUAGGAGUGUGGAACACUCUCCCAUGAGCUAUAAUUUUAAAUCAAAGGUCAAUAGAAUUUAGCUACCAAUGAGUGUAAACUCAUAUGGAGUUUAGGGCAGAAUAGAAUCUAUAGCAACCAUGAAAGAUGGAACAAACUUGAGGGACUGAAUAACCUUAAUUCUAUUCUUAAGACUCCGACUCCCCAUGGCUACAGAACACCUUGCCUUAGUUGUUGAUCUCACAUCAUCCCAAAUCUAGCCACUGCGAUCUCGCUGGCCACUUCCUCAUUGACACACCUGUCUUAACUGUGGCCGAAUGCACAACACACUGUUUCUUCCCUCCAUAGAUCAUCUACUUCCUGGAAAUGAGGUCCAAGGACCAAAAUCAAGGGUGCAGCAUGAAUAUAUGUAUAUUUUUAGAUCUAAGAGUGUAUUGACUGAAGACAAUGAUUGGAUCAAACUGUCUAGUAUAUCCCACAAGGGUAAGUUGCCCCUUAACACUCACUACCUGUGAUUAGACAUACUGAAUUAGUCACUUUAUAAAUAUCACAAGAUGUUCAGCAUGAAAUUGAUAAUAGCCCAGUAUUUGCUAAAUUAACUUAUUUCUAUGACUUAAGUUAAUUCAGUAUAUUUAAUGUAUUUCUUUUCUCCAGCCCCAAACAUCCAAGUGUAUUGAAAUAUUCUUGGGUCGAUACCUUUAUGGAUAGAGUUUUGCUAUUUGAGUAAUGGGAGUAAUUUCACAAACAGAAAAGGUACUAUGCAUAGAUUUUGGAAUUUGGAUGUUUGAUUUCCUACUUUGCUUCUCGCCCUUGUCAGGUUGAUUUUUCACUUUCACAAAUUGUCACAUGCAGCUGGUGGGAGGCAUUCAGCUCGUGCCAGACAGUUUGCUUUGUGUCAGACCAAAUUCUGGCUGUUUCUCCUCACUACCAUUAGAAGUUGAUUCCUACCUACUAAUCUGGCCUUGAAUUGCUAACACUUACUCUGCAUAGGUUGUGGAAUUAAAGGUGUGAGGCAAACAAGUCUAAUUCUUGUCAAUAAACCACUCGUGAUAGGGUGUGAAUUAAGUGUUGCAGUUACUAGUAACAUUUAGUAUCAAUGAAGCAUUUCCAGUUCAUUGUUAUGCUUGAUACAGUUCAAUAACUUUCCACUGUCAGCUAUAAUUAAUGGAUGGCAAGUCUAAAAUGCUCGUGGUAGCACAGAAGUACAGAUCUUUAGAACAGCAAUAAAGAUAUUUGGCUUUCAAAUGUUUGCUGUGGAGAGGUGACUUAAGAGGCAGGUACCUACCUGAUAGGUGAUGGGAAAUUGGAACCCACUGGCUUUUGUUUCAGUCUCCAAGCUUCAACAAUGGACAACUUUCCUGCCCUAUCUCCUAAUAAGAGAAUACUGAGGCUAAGUUAUUUUCAAAGUACUAAAAUUACUAAGUAAAAUUAUACCUUACAAACCUUACAAACACCAAUUUGCAUAGCUCAGACCAGGCCUGAUUGCAUCAGCAAGUCAACAAUAUCUGUGAAGUAUUGUAAAAUCAAUAAUGUUGUUGAUACAUUAAUUAAUAUACCUGAAUUACAACUGAAUUAGAAUAUAAUCAGAAUUCAACACAUAAAAUCUCAUUCCAUUUUAAAAUAAAAAUACGGUCAUCUCUCAUUCCUAACACCUUUUUGAGCUUUCAAAUCAUCAGUUUGAUUUAGCAAAACUGGUUGGAUCAUGAUUGGUCACAGAAGAAAAGAUACAUUGUUUGCGUUCAGUAUUUGCCUUUUUCCUGGAAUAAUCAAACCUCAGAAUGAGAAAGAAAUGUUGUUGCAUGUUGUUCCUUUAUGAACCUGUUGUACAUAUGAAUGUAUUUUUCAGCCUUGUAUUCAUUUGUUCAGUUACAUAGAAAUGUAAACACAGUGAGGGAAACUGUUUAUAAGAUUCCAGGUAUACUUCCCAUGGUUUUUGAGCACUGAUAGUACACUGUUCAAUCAAACUGACAAUUUUGUUAUUGAUUAUAAUCAAACUUGAUUCUGCAAAGGAUAGUUACGAGAAGGAGAAUGGAUGCAGAUUUAUUGGUUUGGUUUUUAAUACUAAAUUGAGACUUCUGAGAUCCAGUUCAAUUUUAAAAUUCAAUGAAAAAUGGAGACAAAGGCUUUUUUACUGAAAAUAUAUGCUCUAGAAUUGUGCCUGACUUAUUUUAGCUGAUUUUUGAUUUUAUGUAAUGGGCGCAAUCUUUUAGGGGUCUAAGCAACAUGAGCUAUGCAGAGAUUUAUAGCAGAAUCAAACAAUGAAUGCGGUGAGGCCCGAUAUAAAGAUCAUCUAGCACCACCUGUUAGGCUUUUCACAAGCGGCCAGGUGAGAUUCCCACUAGAUUCCAAUUGAUGGUCAUUAUUGCUUGUUAAACACCUUUAUUAAAGACCUGAAACACCUCAUUAAUAUGCACACUCCCACCUUGACAAACUCACCAAAUAGGCCAGAUGUUGGAAAAACUUGACAAGGAAACUAGAGUUGGCACCUGGUAGAUUUGGCUCACUGCUUGCUCUGAUUUGGAUGACACCAAGCACCAACAUCCCAAAGCAUCUCCACGGCCACCAGUAAAACAUAUACAUGCACAUGAACACAUAUAUACACACCACAUCCAUGGACUUUGACAUUCAACAUGUGUCAAUCUGUAAGUACUCUCACUAAUGUACUUAUAAAAUGGUCCUGCAUUUCAAUGCUGCACCUCAAGCUGCACCAGCAGCUAUCAUUGUAAUGUUGCUGCAAGGACACUGUGCUCAGAGACACACAGCCAGAUCAUGGAAUGGAUUAGGCUGCAACUAUGGGCUCUUCACAUGAUAUUAGAGAGCAUGCUCACUGCAUCCAUUCUUAGUACUGCCUUGAUGUGUUGUUUUGCACUUUGCCAAUCAGUCAUACUAGUCUCAUAAUACUGCAGACUUGCCUUGCCAUUUAGCAUAACCACAAAGCCAGGAAGCUUGCCAUAGUCGACAGCAGGUCUCAAUCAAGUCAAGGGGGAUAGUCUUCAGUCAGGGGAUCUUGACACAGUAAGUCAAGGGCAGUCUCCGUACCAGUUCAGGCCCUGCUCAGGACAGUCAGUGUCGGAUCUUCACUUCAUUAAAGGCAAGGAGCUGAAUGACAGGAUCUUGACUCUUGCUGCCUAUUGUAGGCUGUCUUCCUCUUGUAAUGAGAAAGGGCCAAGUAUUGCAGGCAGUGAAAGUGGGUGGCAAAGACAUUACUAUUUAUGCAAAACAAUUGAAUAGUCAGCGCAGAGGACAUGCAUAGUUAGUGCUAUCAGGGGUUGGCUUGUGUGAGAACAAGUGCAGAAAAUGUUGCAGGUAAUAAUGAGAGUCAUAGAGCAUGUGACUUAAUGGAAAGGGGGUAGAGUAGCGCAGACACAUUGAGACAGAUUGAGUAUGAGGAAUCGGAGAAAAGAUGGUGGAACCAAUCCUGUGCAGUGGAGAACAACAUUGAUAUUCUUCUUACAUUGCUGGGCAUUCCUCCUGAUGGCUGAGAGUGCGCCAACUGGGUGGAAACCUCAGAUCAAGUUGGCAUGUUCUGGUGUCAUGGCCUUCAUUGCUACUCUUGGAGAAGGAGGGAGAUUUACAUUUGCACUCCAUCCAGCAGAGCCUCCGGGACUUUGCCUACAAAAUGGGUCAUCAAUGUUGCCCACCUGUCGGGUCCACGUAAAAGUCAGCAACUUUACAGGACAGCUUCAGACUGACAGUGCUUGUCUGGGCACACAUUGGCCUUUUAAAUAUGGUGCAGCUGAAAGGGAUGCUGGUGAAUUCUGGGAUAUCAGAUAAGUGUCAACCUGUUGUGGGAAUGGCCUGUGGUAAGAUGUGUUGUGAAUCAGACAGGAGAGACACCACAGGAAUAUGGUAGAUAAUGAGGCAGAUUUGAUAAGAUAAAGCAAAAUAACUCGCAAAGCCUCAUGAUGACAGACAUUCCAAAAAAACUCAAUAUAAUGUGGACUUUAUCAAAAAAAAUAAGAUUCAGUCUAUUGUCUUCAUCGAAAUUUGUUAUCUUGCAUGCAACCCAUGUUUAUUGCUUCAAUUGCAGAAAUAAGUUCUUUAAGUAUCAAACCCGUUUUGCUGUCCAGUAAAAAAAUUACAGUCCAAGCUUUGCCAUGUUUUUCACCAUGUUAUCUUUGUUUUGAUAGCAAAAAUAAAAGCUUAGCUGCUUAAGCCAUUAA